GACAAAAAUGGAGAAUCCGAUCCCAAUUGAUCUCAUCAUCGAGAUAGUCUCGAGAUUGCCCGCAGAAUCAGUAGCGAGGUGUCGUUGCGUGUCGAAGCUAUGGAGGACCAUCCUCCGCCGUCAGGAUUUCACCGAGCUGUUUCUAACCAAGUCCAAAGCUCGUCCACGACUCUUAAUGGGGGUAAAACAAGGCGACGAGUGGAGCUUUUACUCAAUGCCUCAGCCUCAGAACCAUUACAGGAAGUCGUCGUCUCUUGUAGUAUCCGCCGCCGUCGAUUUUCAUACCAAUUUCUCUAAAGGAAGAAGCGGAUUAAGCAUUAGCUAUGCCUCUGGACUGAUCUAUAUUCAUAAGAUGUGUAUCCCAAAGGAUGGUGAGGAUGAAAAGCGCUUGAUAUGUAAUCCUCUCACGGGACGGUAUGUGAUCUUACCUGAAAUGAGAGGCAAUUCGUAUAGCUAUUUAGGGUUUGAUCCGGUUGACAAGGAAUUCAAGGUGUUGUUCAUGAGAAAUUUUACUUGUAUAGCUGAUAUUGGUACAGAUCAUCAUAUUUUGACACUAGGAUCUGGAGAAUUGAGGUGGAGGAAGAUCCAAUGUCCUUUUUACCAUGAGCCUUUUUGGGAAAGGAUUUGCAUCAAUGGGGUUUUGUAUUACACAGCUCUUCGUUCUGAUUAUUCUGAUGGAAGAAGCUCUCAUGUGAUAGUUUGCUUUGAUGUAAGGUCUGAGAAAUUCAAGUUCAUAAGCGGAGAAUGCAGUUUCGAUCAGUUGAUAAACUAUAAGGGAAAACUAUGUGGUGUUAGUGUGGAGUAUACUUUUGGUGUUGGAUUUCCCCUUACGUUUAGUAUGUGUGUUCUAGAGGAUGUCGAGAAACAGGAAUGGUUGAAAUUUGUCUACUCUUUGCCGGCUGAGGGUGAAGUCGCUGAGGAAUGGUUGAGAUAUGUCUACUCUUCCGGGGAUGGGAGUACCUGCUAUCCUUUUGUUUAUGGGAUGACUGCUACAGGUGACAUUGUUUUCGCGAUGAACUAUGCAUCUACACCUUUUUACGUUUUCUACUUUAAUCCGGAAAGGAACACUCUCCAAAUGGUUAAAAUCCAAGGUGUUGGAGAAGAGAAUCAUGAUUGCAGAUUAGACGCUUUUGUAGACUAUGUAGAGGAUCUUAGUGUUAAUGAUGCAACGCAACUCACAAUGACCUAGGCAUACAUCUCGUGAUCUCCCUGAGUCUUCUCAAUCUAUGAAGAUCAAGGAGCAGAACAAGUUCAGAUUGUCAGCUAACCUGCUCUUUCGCUCUACUGGCUUAGCUAUUUUAUUUCUUGGUUUAUUUAGCUCACAUAUAUGGAUAUAAGAUCAAAACGCCUAAUCAAUUUGUCUGAUUAUUCAUAUGUUAUGAUUACAAUAUCUCGUCCUGUGGUUUUCUCUUUGGCUUUUAAUAGCAGGUACCUGAUCCUGGACAAAUUAUGAUCCUUAAACAGAAAAAGGAGAGUCAUGGAGUUUUGAAUUAGGACAAGCGUUCGAUGUACCUUGCAAUGGGAGCAUUAUUUUACAUAAUAGAAAAUGCUACUGACAUUA